AUGACACUAUCGCGGCUGUUGCUCCAAUUGCUCGCUGUUCUUGGCGCGCUGCUGGUCGCGACUUGCUCCGCGACCACUCUCAAGCGGAGCAACGACCACCACCACCUCGCCAAUGAACCGCAUCACUACCUCCAGUACGCAUCCAAGCCACACAACCACCAGGGCCACAGCGAUGCGAGCGGUGUUCGGCGGCGCGACGCUGCUGCUGCUGCUGCUGCUGCUUCAACUUUGUCGACCGCCACCCUCGAGACGCGGCCGUGCAGCUCGUUGAACAUUGGCCAGUACAUGUGCGACCAACCUGCGAUUGACCCGGACACCCAGGCCGAGGUCGGCUGCCCUGCGAGCGCACCGUUCGUGGUUGCCGUACCGUGUCGCCCCGUCGCUGGUGUGGUGUGCGACGGCGUCACCUUCGACGGCAACACGACGGGCUUUAGCAGAAACGUGUCUUGCCGAUACACUGCCGGGACGCGGUACGACACUGCCCUGCUGCUGUCCGUCUUCCUGGGCGUGCUCGGCGUCGAUCGCUUCUACCUUGGCUACCCCGCCAUCGGGGUCAUCAAGCUGUGCACGUUUGGCUUUUUCCUUGUUGGCUACCUGGUCGACGUGCUGCUCAUCCUGCUGCAAGUCGUCGUGCCGGCAGACGGAUCCAGCUACGUUAAGAAAUAA